UCAAGCUCCAAUAAAAGUUCAAGAAGAGCGCAGAGGCGUUUCGGCGCGGCGUUUGAAGUUUUUCAGAUAAAGCAUUCAAUAAAGUAAGUGUUAAAAUCGCACUUAAAUCUCAUCCUGCGGCGGAAGGACAGGAUGAGGAAGAGUGAAAUCCACGCUGCACAGUCUGUAGCAUGUUUGAACAACGCUCUCGGUGAGCUGAAGGACAUCUGGGAGGAGAUCGGGAUCCCAGAAGACCAGAGGCUGCAGCGAACGGACGCCGUGUACACGCACAUCAAAAAUCUGCUCGAUAUGAUGAUCGGAGAGGAGGUAAGCUUGAAGAAGCGCUUGCUGAGCAGUAUCAAAGUGUGCAGAAAGGAGGUGACCAGCCUGUGUAGUGAGCUUCAGGUGCAGGAGUAUCAGGAGGAGGCUGGUCUUACGAUGCUGCAGCUGGAGAAGGAUCUCCGUACACAGGUCAAGAUGAUGCUGAAAGAGAAAAGUGCUCGUCAGAGUGAGCUGAAGUCUCUGAUUCAGCAGGAUCAAGAUCUGUGUGACAUCCUGCGUGAUGACCUCUUCCCCAUCCGUCCUGAACACGUGCCGUCACACCAGCAGCUGCAGAACUACAGAGAACACAUCAACACCCGCAACCAGGAGAGGGAGCGCCGUCAUGCUGAGUCGGUGGAAAUGAAGCGUCGGAUCACAGCGUUGAUGGAGGAUCUGGAACAGCAUCCUGACACCUCCUUUGAGAAAGACGCUGUGUGUGACGAUGAAGACGCCUUCUGUCUCUCCGUGGAAAACCUCAGCUCGCUCAAAGUGUUACUGCACCAGCUGGAGAGCCGUGAAGCUGAAAGUGAAGCGCUGUGUGUGUCCAUCCGUGGUCGUAUCGAGGAGCUGUGGGAGAUCUUACCGGUUCCUGAGGAAGAAAGAGAGCGUCUCAUGCGAAACACCCACACUAGCACAAAGAGCAGACUAAAUGCACUGCAGGCCGAGCUUCAGCGAUUGGAGGAACUGACAAAGAAAAACAUCGAGUGUGUCAUUCACACAAUCCGAUCAGAGAUGGUCAAGUUUUGGGAGAAAUGUUACUACAGCGCGGAGCAGAGACGAGCCUUCACUCCCUACCACAGCCAUGGUCUGGAUGAGAAGGUGUUGCGUGAACAUAAACUGGAGUUGGAGCGACUGAAGCAGGAUUAUGCCGAACACAGCGAGCUGUACGACGCCGUUUCCACCUGGAGCACCAACUGGGCUCUCUAUCAGGAACUGGAGAAGAAAGCCACAGACCCCUCUCGCUUUAACAACAGAGGAGGAAACCUGCUGAAGGAGGAGAAGCAGAGAGUCGACCUGCAGAAGAGUUUGCCGAAUCUGGAGAAGAGUCUGAAGGCUCAGAUUGACCAAUGGGAAGCGGCGCACUGUAAAGAGUUUCGUGUGAACGGGCAGCCGUUCCUGCAAUAUGUGGAAGACCAGUGGAAUCAACACCGCAUGGAGAAAGAGAGAGAAAAACAGGAACGGCAAAUGAAGAAAAUGAAGCAGACGGAGGAAGAUCUACUAUACGGCACCAUCAUCAGAACCCCAGCCAAGCGGAGACUCGCCAGAACCCCGACGCCGGGAAAAACACGCAAGCUGAACUCCACCCACAACACGACACUCCGUUCCACAAGCUCCUCCCCUUCUAUGAGACCGCCCCUUUCCUCCAGCAAGUUGGGUGUGCGGACACCUGCCCGUGGCCGAAGCCCUCGUGGGCUGGAGAGAAAUAAGGGGAAUACCUCCCAUCUGAGCGGAGCCAGCCCUCAAAGAAACCACUCCAUUACAUCCGUGGCCUCCUCCUCCUCUGAAUUUGCGGACUCUGAAUCCACUGCAGCGUCCAGCGGGAGCUCUCAAAUGUUUCUAAAUCCAACGCCAACGUCUCAUGACACACUCAACUCUGUAGAUCAAAGAUGGACUGAUGGACAUUAAAAUUUUUUACUGAAUGUAAAUCUUGAUUUUGUUGAAUUAAAAUAAUAAUGUUACUGUUUCUCAUGAAUUUUUUUCCCCCUUUCUGUCUUUUGAGCUUGGCUUCACCUGCAGUUUUUAUGAAAACUCCAUUAACACUGAUCUUAAGCCUCUGAGACUGAUUUUAUCUUUUAUACUCUAAAAUCACGAUGGCAUUUUUGAUGCCUUUCAGACUUUAUUUUCUGUAAUUGUACAGCACACCAAGUUUACCUGCAGGGGUGCGCUGAGCCGAUAUUCAGUAUCGGUAUCAGCUAUCGGUCAGACGAGAAUGAUCCAAAUCCGAUAUUCUGCGUAUACUGUUGUUAUUAAGCCCCACGAAAGCCACAAAAAAAACAUAAAACAGAGUUUUCGCGCACUAUAUUUCAAGUUUUCUGAAGCUGUUCCAUAGAUAAUGUGCGAUACAGAUGAAUAUUUACUCAAGUUACGUUCACAUAACUCUGUUUCCUGCAACUCAAACUGUAUUUUGUC